UCUCUCUGCUGGAUGAUGUCUCCUCCUCCAGCUGGGAAAGUAGUUCUUGUCAAGCCUCUGGUUACAUUGUAUCCAGUGAGUGAAAGUUACCUGGGGAGGCGGAAUGGGCCCGAGCCCGGCGGAGGAGCGAGCGUGACCUGGGGACACGCUCGGAGCCCUGGAGCAGAUUCCUGACCUGAGUGUUUGGAAAAGCUUGGAAGAACACUUCCAAGGGGAGGAAGGCAAACCAUACCUCUGUCAUCAUGUCGGUCAGCGUCCACGAGAACCGUAAAUCCCGAACGAGCACCGGCUCGAUGAAUAUCUUGCUUUUCCACAAAACCUCCCACCCAGAUUGUGUCCUGUCCCAUCUCAACACCUUCCGGAAGUGCUGUAUGUUCACCGACGUCACCCUCUGGGCUGGGAACAGAUCCUUCCCAUGCCAUCGGGCUGUGCUGGCCGCCUCCAGCAGAUAUUUCGAGGCCAUGUUCAGCAACGGCCUGCGGGAGAGCCUUGAUGAUGAGGUGAAUUUCCAUGACAGCCUCCACCCAGAGAUCCUGGAGCUGCUGCUGGACUUUGCGUACUCCUCCCAGAUCAUCAUCAAUGAGGAGAAUGCAGAAUCCCUGCUGGAGGCUGGGGACAUGCUGCAGUUCCAUGAUGUCCGAGAUGCAGCAGCUGAGUUCCUCGAAAAGAACCUCUACCCUUCCAAUUGCCUGGGCAUGAUGCUUCUCUCGGACGUUCAUCAGUGCCGGAGACUCUACGAGCUGUCCUGGAGGAUGUGCCUGGUCAACUUUGAAACAGUGCACAAGAGCGAGGACUUCAACAAUCUCUCCAAGGACACUCUGCUGGACCUGAUCUCCAGUGAUGAGCUGGAGAUAGAGGAUGAAGAGAAAGUCUUCAGAGCUAUCGUUCAGUGGGUGAAGUAUGACUUGGAUAAGCGGAAGUCACAUCUCCCUGAGUUGCUGCGAAAUGUGCGUUUGGCCUUAUUACCUUCUGAGUGCCUCAAAGAAGCCAUGGCGUGUGAGGACCUGAUCAUGGCAGAUGAGAGGAACAAGCUCAUCAUGGAUGAGGCCAUGCAUUGCAAGAAGAAGAUCCUCCAGAAUGAUGGGGUAGUCACCAGCCCUUGUGCCAGGCCCCGCAAAGCUGGGCACACCUUGCUGAUCCUGGGCGGGCAGACCUUCAUGUGUGAUAAGAUCUACCAGGUCGAUCAAAAGGCAAAAGAGAUCAUCCCCAAAGCAGAUCUGCCAAGCCCCAGGAAAGAAUUUAGUGCCUGUGCCAUUGGCUGCAAAGUGUAUGUCACUGGGGGGAGGGGCUCGGAGAAUGGGGUCUCCAAAGACGUCUGGGUGUAUGACACUGUUCACGAGGAAUGGUCCAAAGCUGCCCCCAUGCUGAUAGCUCGUUUUGGGCAUGGCUCUGCUGAACUGGAGAACUGCCUCUAUGUAGUCGGUGGGCACACUGCGGUGGCUGGUGUCUUUCCAGCAUCUCCCUCUGUUUCCUUGAAGCAAGUAGAAAAGUACGACCCUGCUUCCAACAAAUGGACCAUGGUGGCCCCUCUAAGAGAUGGAGUCAGCAACGCUGCAGUAGUAAGCGCUAGGCUGAAGCUUUUUGUCUUUGGCGGGACCAGCAUCCACCGGGACAUGGUGUCCAAGGUCCAGUGUUACGAUCCUGUCGUAAACCGGUGGGCGAUCAAAGCGGAAUGCCCCCAACCUUGGCGCUACACAGCUGCCGCUGUUCUCGGCAGCCAGAUUUUCAUCAUGGGCGGGGACACUGAAUUCACAGCUGCGUCCGCCUACCGCUUCGACUGUGAAACGGACCAGUGGACACGUAUUGGAGACAUGACUGCCAAGCGCAUGUCAUGUCACGCGUUGGCCUCGGGGAAUAAGCUUUAUGUGGUGGGGGGGUACUUUGGGACGCAGAGGUGUAAAACACUGGAUUGUUAUGACCCUACAUCAGACACGUGGAACUGUAUUACCACAGUGCCGUACUCACUCAUUCCCACAGCUUUCGUCAGCACAUGGAAGCACUUGCCAGCGUGAGCAGCACUGGCUUGGGCCCAGAUUUCAGGCAUUUAACCAGGUGGCAUCAAAGGAGGAGCUGCUGGCACUUUCCUGUACAUUUUUCCGAACUUGCCUGCUUCCUGCUUUUCACAGACAUUUGGUGCAUGAUAGAAAAAGCAUCCAGAACACUGGGCUGCUGUAGGAUUUUGAGAUGGGUCUGGCUUUGACAUGGCUGCACUGUUUGUAGGGCACAGCAAGGAUGUGAGGGGUUAACAUGGGAUUGUACUGUGUAUUCCCUGCACUGAAUGAUAAUGGCUUUCCAAAUACCCUCGCCUCCCCUCCCCACUCCUCUUCAUGGGUUGCCUAGCAUCUGUUGUGGUGGCUCAGUAAUCUAAUUAACUUCCACUCGGCUAUUAAAUAUUGCAGCAAAGAGUAGGAAGACUCCAUCAUUUUGAGCUCGGGGCAAUGGGGCCUCCCCUCUCGACCCAUCCUAGAGCUGAAAAUUAAUUUUCUCGGUGAGCUGGUGAACAAUAAAUCUGCACGCCAGCUAUUCAAGGGAGAACGGGGCUGGAGAUUCUCAGGGGUGGAGUCUGAUGCUUUGACUACUGAAUUCUAUUUUGCUCACAUUUAAAGUUCCCUGGAUCUCUGCAAGGGAUGCGAAUUUAUACCCUGCAUAUCCCAGAACCGCUAAAGAGGACCGUGUUCUUUGUGAUUUUUUUUAAAAGUUAAAUUUAAAACUUUCUAGACAAAACAUUUUAUGGUUUAAACAUUCCCCAAUUGUCCGCAAUCUCAAACUAAUCCAUGAAAACUAGGAAAUUGAAAUUGACUAGCUUGGCCAUACUAGUCAAGAUGAAUGAUUUGUAAAGUUAAUGUAGAGAAUUAAAUGUUUUUGGCUUUGUGACGUCUGAUGGAUUAUUAGUCACCAAAAGAAAUAAGACAUUCAAAAGUGCAGGCGUGCUCACCAGAUAGUGUCUUUUCCCUGAUGUAUUUUAUCUUUUUCUAUCCCAUUUUUUUAAACUAAUUUGUCCUGGGUUUCUGGCAGCUCCUUAACUAAAAGCACUGAGAGUUGAGAGUAAAGCCCAUCCUGGAGCAGGUUUGCCCUGCAUGUGUCCCUCGCCAUGCAUCAGAUGCACAGCUUGCCCUGAUCUGUACUGGGCCCUCAAUAAAAGUUGGGAAAGAUGCUCUGGGAGUGGAUCUCAACAUAAUUGGAUCUAGAAUGCUGAUUAAAAAUCUGGAGAGGCUCUCUCCAGGAGAUUACAUGCAUUGCUCCAUACUCCCGCUGAGAGUGUAGAGGGAGGCUGUCAGAGGAGUCAGUUGCAGCUUCCAGAAUUGGGGAUUCUUUGUUGCCCCCUGCCCCAAUGUAGUUUAGGACAGUUGGGGUGGAGAGUGGGGGUUGCUGUAAAAUAAGCCAGCUGCCUGUGGCCCCUAAGCAGGGGUAGCCAGAAUUCAGCCUCCUUCUUUUGCACCUCCUCUGAAUUCUGAGUCUCCCUAAUGCUUUCUACACUGCAGGGAGCAGGGUGUGGCUGUAGGGGGUGAAGGGCUGGCUUUGCUGGCUCACUGGGAAGUGCAAGGGACCUCCAGCUGCGUCUCAUUCCCUUUGCUCUGCAUGGGCAGGGCAGGCUGGAUCAUCUGACCCAUUCUCUCCUGAGAGCUGUGUUCAGAGUCACUUUCUGAUUUUCCAUAGUGGGGAGAACCAGACACCCACUAGGGUGGCCAGGUGUCCGGUUUUGAACCGGACAGUCCGAAAUUUGAGC